CCGGCCCCGGCCCCGGCCCCGGCCGCCUGCAAGGGCUCGGGCAGCGGCGCGGGCUCCAAGAAGGCGAGCUCCGGGCUGCGGCGGCCCGAGAAGCCGCCGUACUCCUACAUCGCGCUCAUCGUCAUGGCCAUCCAGAGCUCGCCCAGCAAGCGCCUGACCCUCAGCGAGAUCUACCAGUUCCUGCAGGCGCGCUUCCCCUUCUUCCGCGGCGCCUACCAGGGCUGGAAGAACUCGGUGCGCCACAACCUCUCGCUCAACGAGUGCUUCAUCAAGCUGCCCAAGGGGCUGGGCCGGCCCGGCAAGGGCCACUACUGGACCAUUGACCCGGCCAGCGAGUUCAUGUUCGAGGAGGGCUCGUUCCGCCGCCGGCCGCGCGGCUUCAGGCGCAAGUGCCAGGCGCUCAAGCCCAUGUACCACCGCGUGGUCGGCGGCCUGGGCUUCGGCGCCUCGCUGCUGCCCCAGGGCUUCGACUUCCAGGCGCCCCCGGCCGCGCCGCUCGGCUGCCCGGGCCAGGGCGGCUACGGAGGCCUCGACAUGAUGCCCGCGGGCUACGACCCGGGCGCGGGUGCCCCUGGGCACGCGCACCCGCACCAUCACCACCACCACGUCCCGCACAUGUCACCUAACCCGGGCUCCACCUACAUGGCCAGCUGCCCGGUGCCCGCGGGCCCGGGGGGCGUCGGGGCAGCGGGUGGCGGCGGGGACUACGGGCCGGACAGUAGCAGCAGCCCGGUGCCCUCGUCCCCGGCAGUGGCCAUCGAGUGCCACUCGCCUUACACGAGCCCCGCGGCGCACUGGAGCUCGCCCGGCGCCUCGCCUUACCUCAAGCAGCCGCCCGCGCUGACGCCCAGCAGCAACCCCGCGGCCUCCGCUGGCCUGCACUCCGGCGUGGCGUCCUACUCGCUGGAGCAGAGCUACCUGCACCAGAACGCCCGCGACGACCUCUCAGUGGGUCUGCCUCGUUACCAACAUCACUCCACGCCUGUGUGUGACAGAAAGGAUUUUGUCCUCAAUUUCAACGGCAUUUCUUCCUUCCACCCCUCGGCCAGCGGGUCUUACUAUCACCAUCACCACCAAAGCAUGUGUCAGGACAUUAAGCCCUGCGUCAUGUGAGUGGAUGGAGGUCGCCCGGAGGCCAGGCCGCCCUCUCUCCUCUCCUUGGCCGAGGGGCAGACAGACCCUGGGGAGGCCGUGGUGACACACUCCCGUAUGUGCACGGGACAGCAGUACAGCAGUAAGUAGCAGCCACUUUGCAGAACCCCAGCAGGGCCUGGCCUCUGCCUCACCUGCCGCUGGAGGAGGGAAGCCCUUGGCGAGGUAAUGCCCCAGCCAGGGGAGAGUGGACCCAAACGAAGGAGGAGGUGGCCAAGCGUAAAACAUAAACUUAUACCUCUGGGAUCUUUGUUGCCUUCCGUAAUCAGGGUCUGAAAAAAGCAGAGAAGCCGUGUAUGUGCGCUUUUCUUUAUCUAUGAAAACUUGUGUGCUUUUGAAAAAGGCAGUGUGCAAAGCACAGGCGUUCAAGAAAGCCUCGGCGUGUUGCCCGGCUAAGUAGGAGAGUGGUUUGCCCCAGACACUCUGUUUGGAUACAGGUGCCACAGAGCACUCUGAAGAACCAAGCAGACCCAGCAUUCUAGCUUAAGAAAGGGUUCUCAGUAUUGUGACAAUACAGUGUUUUUACAAGGUUCUUUUCUACCACCGUAUUCUAAAGAUAUUUUUAUGAUCUUUGUGUAUACUCACACUUUGCUUGUAUUUUAAAAGGAGGAUAUAUUUGCACUUAUGUAUACUUUUACAGUUUGCCAAAAUAUUUUGAUGUAAAAUUUUU